GCAAAUCAUUUUUGUUUAAUAAAACAAGUAAACAAUCAUGUUGAAUAUACCCAGACAUUUUUUUCUCAACAGAGCCUAGUUUGUUCACUUAAUAUGAAUUAGCUUGGUAUUUUGUAAUAAUAUAUUUUUUUGCUUUUUAUUUAAUUUGAAAUUCCCCUAUUGGCAAAUACUUAGACCCAGCCCUAUCGUUGAGUCUGUGUGCACUCACACCUAUGUUAAACCUGGACUGAGGGUGUGUUUGAGGAGACUUCUCGAGAGGAGAAGGGUGGGAAUAAAUGGAGUUCAGAAACACUGAAGCUCCUGAUGGAGCUCCAAGUGUAGAAGAACCAAUAGUGACCACUCCUGUUCGUCUGGGAUCCCUCGCUGAGGAAACAGAGCCUCUAGAACCGGAGAAGUGUGAAGAUGGCAAGGAUUGUGCAGAAAUUACAGAUUACAGCCAGGCGCCAUACUCGCUUGACAGUUCUCCAUCAUCUUCAGACAGUGAGGAUGAAUGCAAGAAGGAAAAGAAGAAGAAACUGAAGAAGAAGAGGAAGAAAAAGAAAGAUUCCAGCUCCUCUUCCUCAUCUUCAUCCUCAUCGUCUUCAUCCUCCUCGUCCUCCAGUAGCUCCUCAGACAGUGAUAGCGAUAGCGAGGAUGACAAGAAAAAGAAAAAGAAAAAAAAGGAUAAGAAGAAAGAGGUGAAGCAGUACGAGUGGGACAAUGUACUCAUAACACCAUCUGAGGAGCAACUGGAAUUUGCAGAGGACUUGAAGAUGAAGCCGGAUUCUAGCUCAUCUGAUGACAAUGACAAGAAAGAGAAGAAGAAGAAGAAGCACAAGAAGAAGAAGGAUUCCUCUUCAUCUGACAGCGAGGAGCAAAAGAAGAAGAAGAAAAAGAAGAAAAAGAAAGACAAGAAGAAAAAGAAAGACAAGAAGAAAAAGAAGGAUUCCUCUUCCUCCUCAUCUGACAGUUCUUCCUCUGAUAGCGAAGAUGAAAAGAAGAAGAAGAAAAAGAAGAAGGAUUCCAGUUCUUCCUCCUCCUCUUCAUCAUCUUCCUCCUCUUCCUCAUCUGACAGUGAUGAUAAAAAGAAAAAGAAGAAAAAGGGUAAAAGGAAAAAGAAAGCUAAGAAAAAGGAUUCUAGCUCUUCAUCAUCAUCCUCAUCCUCAUCGUCCUCUGAUAGCGAUAAAGAUAAGAAGAAAAAGAGUAAGAAGGAUGAUAAAAAGAUUGAUGAGCAAGAACUCAACGACGCUGCUUCACUUUCCACAGCUGAUGAGACAAAGAAAGAUACGGACGAUGACAAGUCCAAAGUGACUGAAGAUGGAUCUGCGGUCUCUUUAGCAGCAGGGGGAGGAGAGGUGUUCCCUCGUGGUACUGAGGAGGGCCACCUGAGUGAUGACGAGGGAGAGGACGAGGACGAAAAGGAUAUGAAGAAGAAAAAGAAGCUGAAGAAGAAGAAGAAGAAGAAGGAUUCAAGCUCAUCUACAGACAGUGAUGAUGACACAAAAGACAAGAAAAAGAAGAAAAAGAAGAAAAAGGAUUCUUCCAGCUCUUCUUCCUCGUCAUCAUCAUCUGAUAGCUCUUCCUCAGACAGUGAGGAUGAGAAGAAAAAGAAGAAGAAAAAGAAGGAUUCCAGUUCUUCCUCCUCCUCCUCUGAUAGUGACGAUGACAAGAAGAAGAAAAAGAAGAAGAAAAGGAAGUUGAAGAAGAAGAAGGAUAGUCCCUCCUCCUCAUCAUCUUCAUCUGAUAGUGAUGAUGACAAGAAGAAGAAAAAGAAGAAGAAGAAGAAGAAGAAGGAUGAAAGUUCCUCCUCCUCAUCGUUUUCAUCUGAUAGUGACGAUGACAAGAAGAAGAAAAAGAAGAAGAAAAAGAAGUUGAAGAAGAAGAAGGAUGAUAGUUCCUCCUCCUCAUCGUCUUCAUCUGAUAGUGACGAUGACAAGAAGAAGAAAAAGAAGUUGAAGAAGAAGAAGAAGAAGAAGGAUGAUAGUUCCUCCUCCUCAUCAUCUUCAUCUGAUAGUGACGAUGACAAGAAGAAGAAGAAAAAGAAGAAAAAGGAUGAUAGUUCCUCAUCAUCAUCUUCAUCUGAUAGUGAAGAUGACAAGAAGAAGAAGAAGAAGAAGAAAAAGACAAAAAAGAAGAAGUUGAAGAAAAAGGACGAUAGUUCCUCCUCUUCCUCCUCCUCAUCUGAUAGUGACGACUGCAAGAAGAAAAAGAAAAAACAGAAGAAGAAAAAGAAGAAAAAGGACAGCUCGUCUGAUGAUAGCUCUUCCUCUUCGUCCUCGUCUUCAUCCUCCUCCUCUGAUAGCGAUGAUGACAAGAAAAAGAAGAAAAAGGAUAAAAAGAAGAAGAAAAAGAAGAAGGAUUCUUCCUCUUCCAGCGAUUCUUCUAGCAGUGAUGAUGACAAAAAGAAGAAAAAGAAGAAGAAGAAAGACAAGAAAAAACAUUCGGAUUCUUCUAGCAGUGAUGAUGACAAGAAAAAGAAGAAGAAAAAGAAGAAGAAGAACAAAAAGAAGGAUUCAUCAAGCUCCAGUUCAUCAAGUUCUUCUGGCAGUUCCAGCGAGAGUGAUAAGGAAAACAAAAAGGCCAAGAAAGACAAGAAGAAAAAGGAGAAGAGUCCUUCUGGAAGUGAGGCUACUGAGAAGAAGAAGACCAAGACUGAAAUAUCUCAGGAUGAGCAAAGCAGCCCCCCUCAAAUCCAGGUCUUAGGUCCGGGUGCUGGUGGAUUCUCUGCAUCCAGCAGCAGCUACAGGCCGGGUGGUGCUCCAAUUAUGACCUUUCCGUCUCUUCCCUCCAAACCUGUUGUAAACCUGGAUCCUCUGAGUCCUCCCUUCCUGUCCAAGCCAUCGGUCUCCUCUGUCGGUGGUGGAGACAGAGCCCCCAUUCGUAGACCUCUUAGUCCCAUGGAGUCUUUGAUGGGGAAUCCAAUUCGAUACAGGGACACAGGGACCCGCUCCAGCACUCAUCUCAGCUCUAGCGAUCUAAUCAGAGGUUCCAGGUCUUACAAGUGAUUAUAUGUCAGCCUUGUACUGAGUUUUACUAAUAGAAGUGAAAAGGCUGCUCCAGUGAUAAAUCACGCUUUGGUAAUUUAAUAUGAUUUAUAAAUACGUUAAAGACAAUGUGUGUUUUCUGGGGUCUUUGGGAGUUGGAUUUUUUUUUUUGGAUAACAGGAAAUAAUUAAAUGCUUUUUCAUGCAAUAAAAAAAUCUCAUUUUAUUUAGUUUUAUAUGUCUCGUAUUAAUAGAUGUUGACUGUGUGAUAAUUUGAAAUGUCCAAAUUGUGCCCAAAGUAGUAAGAUUGUGUGAUUUCUUGCACUGCCUUAAUCCUCUUUCACCAGAGCUUCACUGGUUGCCUCUGGAAUUGUAUUCCACUCCUCCAUGACAACAUCACAGACCUGGUGGAUGGACUCUACUUGCACUCCUCCAUCUUUCUUUUGAGAAUGCCAUCUUCUUUAACAAAGGAGUGGUCGUCUUGGAGGUGUGUUUGGGGUCCUUAUGUUGGAAUCCUGACCUGCGGCCCAGUUUCCAAAAGAGGCCGUCAUGCUUUGGUCCAGUAUGUCGUAAUACCCUCAAUAAUUGACAGAACCUCACCUGUCAUGAUGAAAAAAAUAACCAUACAUACAAACAUAUGAUGGUUGAGCUUAUUUUGAACAUGCGUACAUGUUACAUUGCAACACAUCACAUAGUACAAUUCCACAUACAUGUCAAAAAAAGAGUUAAGAAAAAGCAAAGCUCAUUUAAUCCUACCUUUUCUCUGUUUCACACCGAUUGCUAAUACAUGUGUUCACUUCCUGUAUUCCAAUGUACUCUUUGGCAAUAUUGAAAUGCUUAAGAACAUGAUAAGGCAGUAUAAUAACGUGGUACAAGAGUCAAGGUAAUCACUGUAAAUAAAUGAUUUAACAGACAUGAUAAAUAUAUAACAACUGCUGAAAAGGUUAAUCAUUGACAGAAAGAUAGUUUAUAGCGUUAUGGAUUAUCCUAGCUGACCUUUUUGUAGUACAGUUAGCAUGUGAAGUACGCUUUUAUAGUUAUUUCCCCACAAUAUGUUAGAUAUGGCAAAACCAAGAGUAUAAAGUAAUGUUUGGAACAGAACGGAUUUUACUUUAUUUAUUGUGGAUGUAUUUCUUGCCACUUUGUUUUAUAUUUUUAAUGAGGGAUUACUAGCUAGCUCGUGGUUAGCAUGUUAGUCAGGCAGGAUCGGGACGAUGUGGGUUUGGACUUCUCUGUGUUUUUAAUGCUCUACAUUUGUACAACCUCUGGUUCUAAUUCUGAAAAAUAUAAAAACAAACUGCAACCUGAAUACAAUCUGUAGUAAACAUCGAAUCUCCGUAAAGUGUUUAGAUUCAACAUUUGGAGCCUUCUGUGUCCUGAAUUUUGUGACGAAUCUUAUCAAUUUGUGGUAAAUCCUGUUGUACUUGAACGCAACCCCCAGGCCCUUUGCAAAGCAGCCGAGGGAGUGGUCAGGUUAGGUCACGUGGUGUGAGGUGCAGUCUGUGUAUUAUUUCUUCCAAUGCUUUUUCUCCCGCUUGUGUUGUUUGUUGGAUCACGCUGACAAGAUGUCCUUCGAUCUCUCUUCAGCUCUCGGCGACGAGGAAAAGGUGACGAAGUCCGAGGCGAACAAGGAUGAAUUUAGCUGGCCUUGGAGUAAA